CCUUGGGGAGCGUGGCCUGGCAGGCCUAGCGGGUCGCACCGGAGUGGGGUGGAGGCGGAAGUGGCGGCGCCGGGCCCCGGGAGUAGGAAGAAGCCGGGGCUGCAAGCCGGAGUAGAGCGGCUGCCAGCCGAGCAGCAGGCGCGGCCGCGGUGCCAUAUUGCGGCCCCAAGCGGCCGUGACCGAGUCAUGGCCGAGACCUACGACUUCCUCUUCAAAUUCCUGGUGAUUGGCAGUGCAGGAACUGGCAAAUCAUGUCUCCUUCAUCAGUUCAUUGAAAAUAAGUUCAAACAGGAUUCCAACCACACAAUCGGUGUGGAGUUUGGAUCUCGGGUGGUCAACGUGGGUGGGAAGACUGUGAAGCUACAGAUUUGGGACACAGCCGGCCAGGAGCGGUUCCGGUCGGUGACACGGAGUUACUACCGAGGGGCAGCUGGAGCCCUGCUGGUGUAUGACAUCACCAGCCGGGAGACAUACAACUCUCUGACUGCCUGGCUGACGGAUGCCCGCACGCUGGCCAGCCCCAACAUUGUGGUCAUCCUCUGUGGCAACAAGAAGGACCUGGACCCCGAGCGUGAGGUCACGUUCCUGGAAGCCUCCCGCUUUGCCCAAGAGAACGAGCUAAUGUUCCUGGAAACUAGUGCCCUCACAGGGGAGAACGUGGAAGAGGCAUUCUUGAAGUGUGCCCGCACCAUCCUGAACAAGAUAGACUCAGGUGAGCUCGACCCUGAGAGAAUGGGCUCAGGCAUUCAGUACGGGGAUGCUUCUCUUCGCCAGCUGCGGCAGCCCCGGAGUGCCCAGGCCGUGGCCCCUCAGCCAUGUGGCUGCUGAGAUCUGCAGAGCCAGCUCACCUGUUCUCCAGGACCAGCCCUGCCCUUCCGGGUAGGGCCCAGACCCAGACCCUUGGGAGGCCAAACCCCUCACCUACCCUGGCCCCAGAGAAGCUGCCCCGCCACCUGUCCCCCUUCCCUGGCCUGGUGGGGCCUGGCUGAGGGGCAAGACUGAGCCACGGGGGAAGGGGGGAUCCAUACCUGCUGCUGCUUCCUCUGUCUUGGCUAACCCCUGUCCCCCUUGAGCCCCUGACCAUAUUCGAAGAGUUCCCAAAGCCUGAGACCAGGGCCAUUUGACCCAGCUCCCCACCUGACCCUGACAUUGCAAGUACUUGUUAUUUAUUACCUGGAGGCCUGGUACCCACCCCAUCCCCAUAAAGCAUUGUUUACAUCUGA